CAUUUCAGAAAUCCUUUGAAAUUAUCAUCUUUUGCUUGAUAUUUAUGGUUAAAAUUUUUAAGGAAUUCAACUUCAUAAUUCUUUUAAAAAUUCAAAGCAAUGUUUGAGGUAUUUCUUGUCGAAUUAUCUGAAAUAUGAAGAAAAUAAUAGUUUUGGAAUUUCUACAUAUCAAUUUGUGUUCCGGGUCAAUAUUGUUCAACUAACUUUAAUGUCUAAAAAUAUAUUUCUUGUGAGUUUAAGUGUCAAUUUUAUCGCCAGAUCUCCCUUGGUUUAUUUCUUAAGGUGUUUAUUAAAAGUUUGAAGAUGUUCACUAUUUUGACAGUCAUUUUGUGUCGUCUGCUUUGUCCGAAGCCCAUCGACAACGAUCAUAGAGUAAACAAGUUAUAAAGGGUGGAAAUAUCCUACUGAAAGUAGAAUGCGACUGCGUUAAGGCCUUUCUUCAAUUAGCUCCUAAGGCGUGUUCCACAAUGAGCUAAAACGCGACGCUGACGUGACGCACUCCCAUUUGAUUUAAGCAGCGUCUACAAUAAGCGCGUCGGACGUGUACCUAAUGAGAGAGAGGGGUACGGAGAUAUACAUCUAUACCCCUCUCUCUCAUUAGGUACACGUCCAAUGCUAAAAUCAACGCGUCAGUCACGCAACGCAAAAGUUUAGGUUCCUAUUGGAGGAAGGCUUUAUCUCUACUCAUUUUUAUCCGACUUGGUUAUGAUUAUUUUUAUUGGUUUUUUAAUUGGUUAUUUUUAAAGAAAUGUCAAACGAUGAAGAUCAAGAACGAAAAUUUUUAGUAGAUGCUUUUACUGAGGACGGAUGGUUUUAUAUUAUUGAUAAAAAGGCGUUAUUAAUCACUGACGAUUCCGAAAUUAAGCUGGGAGCUUUAAUGCAAUUUGAAUUCCCUGACAAAAAGGGAGAAAUAAAAAUUCGAAAAGGAAAAAUUAUAAUGGAAUCAGAUUCGAAUAAAUUUUUAGAAAAAGAAAUGAAAAGGAGAAUGACUGAAAUUGAAAAGAAGAAAAUUACAAAAGAAGAAGUGUUAGAACAAGAAAACUUAGAAUACGAAAAGGAAAGAAUAAAAUUUAAAAGGAGGGCAAGGGCGGGGAAUGUUGAGAUGGCAUUUGAACUUCAAAAGGAUCUAAACAUCCAAAAGAAGGAAAAAGAAAAAGUUAUGAACAAAAUGUCUAAUGCGUUGGGAUUAAACAGACACACAAAUGAAACUCUGUUAAGUAUUAGAAAGGACCUGGAAAGACCUGGAAAGUCCGAAUAGGGCCGACGAAUAUCUUCUGUUCACUGAUUUUUAUUUAAAAUAUUUAUACAUAAUAAACAUUUGCGCACAAAAUCUCUUUCGUCUUUAUGCUUGCUCUUCUUUAAUUUUAAGAGAAAAAAUAACCUUUUUCUUAAGAAUUAUUCAAUAAUAAUCAUUGAUAAAAAAUUAAAUUACACGAUUUAAAAAGCUGUGAACGAUUUUGAAUUUUAAGCUUUCAUAUAAAUUUUAAGCGUAUAAAAUAGUAAUCAUGUAAUUUGAAUAAAAUUUUUUAAAUUAACCUUA